AACGGUGCCUUCCUCCGAUCCAUUUCAUUCAACCUUACCCCCUUCCGGCUCUCUGUCGCCUGGCGCCUCGAUGUUCCCUGCUGCUGGCGCCUGCCCGCCCCCACUCCCAGGUCAUCCCCAGAGCCCGCCGCCCUCCUGCGGGAAGGCGUGCGCUGGUGCCUGCAGCAGCAGUGCGAACAGACGGUGCGGAUCCUGCACGCCAAGGUGGCCCAGAAGUCCUACGGAAAUGAGAAGCGGUUCUUCUGCCCCCCGCCCUGUGUCUACCUUGCAGGUCCCGGAUGGAGGGUGAAACCACUGCAGGGACAAGCCCACCAGGCAGGGGAGACCGGGCCCAUGGUGUGUGGCUACAUGGGACUGGACGGCGCGUCCGGCAGCGCCGCAGAGACGCAGAAGUUGAAUUUUGAAGAGCAGCCGGACUCCAGGGAAUUCGGUUGCGCCAAGACUCUCUACAUCUCGGACGCUGACAAAAGGAAGAACUUCCGGCUGGUGCUGCGACUAGUGCUGCGAGGGGGCCGGGAGCUGGGCACUUUCCACAGCCGCCUCAUCAAGGUCAUCUCGAAGCCGUCGCAGAAGAAGCAGUCGCUGAAAAAUACAGACUUGUGCAUAUCCUCGGGCUCAAAGGUCUCCCUCUUCAACCGCCUGCGCUCCCAGACGGUCUCCACGCGCUACCUCUCGGUGGAGGACGGGGACUUCGUGGCCAGCGCGCGCCAGUGGGCUGCCUUCACUCUCCACCUGGCCGACGAACACUCUUCUCAGGGGGACUUCCCGCCUCGAGAGGGCUACAUCCGCUACGGCUCCCUGGUGCAGCUCGUCUGCACUGUCUCGGGCAUCACACUACCCCCGAUGAUCAUCCGCAAAGUAGCCAAACAGUGUGCACUCCUCGACGUGGACGAGCCCAUCUCCCAGCUGCACAAAUGUGCAUUCCAGUUUCCCGGUGGUCCUCCAGGAGGGGGUGGCACCUACCUAUGUCUUGCCACAGAGAAGGUGGUGCAAUUCCAGGCCUCCCCCUGCCCCAAGGAGGCCAACAAGGCGCUGCUCAAUGACAGCUCCUGCUGGACCAUCAUUGGCACGGAGUCGGUGGAGUUCUCCUUCAGCACCAGCCUGGCAUGUACCCGAGAACCGGUCACUCCGGUGCCCCUCAUCAGCACCCUCGAGCUGAGCGGCGGAGGAGACGUGGCCACGCUGGAGCUUCACGGUGAGAACUUCCACGCGGGGCUCAAAGUGUGGUUCGGGGACGUGGAGGCCGAAACCAUGUUCAGGAGCCCGCGGUCACUGGUGUGCGUGGUACCCGACGUGGCCGCCUUCGGCAGCGACUGGCGCUGGUUGCGCACACCCAUCACAGUGCCCCUGAGCCUCGUGCGCGCCGACGGCCUCUUCUACCCCAGCGCCUUCUCCUUCACCUACACCCCCGAGUACAGCGCGCGGCCCGGCCCCCCGGGCGCCCCCGCGCCCGCCGCCGACCCCGACGAGCUGCUGGAGAGCAUCCACCACGAGUUCACGCGCACCAACUUCCACCUCUUCAUCCAGACGUAGUAGACGCCGCCUGGACGCCGGGGCCUGGCCCGAGCCGCCUUUCUGGGUCCUGGGUCCUGCCCUCUGCCCCUGUGCUGUGGAAGUGAAGGCUCUUGCCCUAGAAACCAGGCCCGGCGGGUCUGACACGGGACACGCACCUGCCCUUUGCGUCUCGGAAGACACGACCUGAGUGAAACUCCCUUUGCCGUCAUGUCAGGAGUGUGGCUUUCCCUGUCUUUGUUUCACUCUCUAAAUCGAUGACUCUCUGCCUCAGUAACUUUGUAAAAUCUCUCUUAUUUGUGCCUUUCCAUCCCCCACCCCACCCCCAUCUGGUCUUUGCCUUUCUUCAUCUCUCUGUGUCUCCCAUACAGUUUCACACACUGAAAAUCUAAGCCUAUAGGGCAUAUACCCUCGGGACAGCUGUGUCUCCCCUAAAAGAGAAAACCCCUAGUUCCUUUCUGUUUGUCUGUCUGUCUGUCUGUCUCUCUCUCUCUCUCUCUCUCACACACACACACACACACACACACACACACACACACACACACACACGCUCAUGAGUCACGACCUGCUUGCCCUGAAACACCAGGUCCUGCCUGGAUCACUGGAUCCCACUCAGAGCUCAGCUCCCUGUACCAGCCCCUGGGGGUGCCGAAUGGGGACAACUGGUCUGAAAUGUAGCUUUAUGGCUCUCACCCUUCUGGGCCUUUCCUUGAACUCUGAAGAAGUGCAUUUCCUGUGAAAUUCCUUUUCUAGAACAUGGAAACCCCCGUGAGAAAGAAGAAGCUGACAUUUCCCAAGGGGGACAAAAGCCAGUUUGCUCUUUAGGCUCCUCAAGGUCUUGGCUAAGCUCUGCCCUCUGCCAUCAAGCCUCCAUCAUGGAAAGAGAGAAGCUUGGGAGUUCCCUUCGCGGCUCAGUAGGUUAAGGAUCCAGCGUUGCCACUGCUGUAGCUCUGGUUACAGUUGCAGUGCAAGUUCAAUCCCUGGCCCGGGAACUUCUGCAUGCCACAGCCAGAGAGAGAGAGGGAGAGAGAGAGAAAGAAAGAAAAAAAGCUUGUUCAAAGACCAUCUUAGCCCCUGAAAGUGGAUCCUGGCUGAGGAACGCAGGGAACAAAUUGAUGGGAAGUGUGGCUGACACGAGAGCCUGACUCAGGAGAGUUUGCGCCCACUGCCCCAUGACGAUGUUGAAGCAGGAAGCCCCUUGUAAAGAGGCUAAGAGGGCUUUCAUAACACACUGCACAGGGAGUUGGGGUCAAGGGCCUUAAGAACUUCCUCCACCACUCCACAAGGCAGGAGUCUCAGAAGCCAAGGACCUAAGUUGGCCUGAAAGCCCUGGCCCAGUCUUGCAGUUCUGUCUUUUUGUGCCCUCCCCUCAGGGCACCCCAGGACCCUUGGUCCCACCUCCGCACCCACCUGAAAGUUUGUGGCCCCACAGCCCCAGCCCUGGCCUUUCUUCUGAGUUCCAGCUACUGGACCAUCCUUGGAGGUCUUCCCAAAUCUGAACCUGGAUCCAUCAAAUAUCAACCUCCCCUCCCUCUCCAUCUCCCUUCCAGAAUAGACUUCCUCCUCUCCCCUCCCUAGUACUGCCCUGUUCUCCAAACUCAGCCCAGAGAGCCCCUUCCCCAAGAUUUCCCCAAAGCAAGACUGACCAUGUAAUUUGUGGGGCCCAGGGCAAAAUGAAAACAUAUGGCCCCUUGUUCAAAAAUUAUUACAAAUUUCAGAGCUCCCUGGUGGC